UUUCCAGCCGUUUCGUCAGACAGCCUGUUACUAGGCAGUUUAGCUCAGGUUUGGCCCUGUUUGGGCAGAGCUGCAGGUGUUUUGAUUAAACGAGUGACCGUGUUGAGUGGCGACUUUUAUCCGAACGCGCCUAUAAUUGAGGUUGAAAACUCUGCGAGUCCUCCAGAUCUCUGCCUUGCCGGUUUAAUCUGAGCAUCAGGAUUGGGAAGCAAAGCGGAGAGGCAGCUGCCACUGGAGCAGCGAGCCUGGUGCACAAAAUGUCUGAGAGCCCGGAGAAGGGUGUGUCGGUAUCAGCACAGGAGCUGAAGGAACAGGGAAACCGCCUCUUUCUGAGCCGCAAAUACCUGGAGGCCGCUGCCUGCUACAGCAAAGCCAUAACACACAGCCCUUCUUUUCCAGCAUACUACACCAACAGAGCGCUAUGCUACGUGAAGCUGCAGCAGUACAACAAAGCCCUGGCAGACUGCAGACACGCUCUGGAGCUGGACAGCCAGUCAGUCAAAGCUCACUUCUUUAUGGGCCAGUGUCACCUGGAGAUGGAGAACUAUGACGAAGCCAUUGGUAACCUACAGAGAGCGUAUAACUUGGCAAAGGAGCAGCGCCUGAACUUUGGCGAUGACAUUCCCAGCGCUCUGCGGAUAGCGAAGAAGAAACGCUGGAACAGUCUGGAGGAGAAACGGAUCAACCAGGAGAGCGAGCUCCACGCCUACCUCACCAAACUCAUCCUGGAUGAGAAAAAGAGAGAGCUGGAGGGCUGCAAACAGAAACAAGAAGACGAAUCAGAUGACAGCAGAAUUCAACACAAUAUGAAGGAGAUUCACACAAAGCAUGACAAGUUUCUUUCAGACAUGGAGGAGCUGUUCUGUCAGGUAGAUGAGAAGAGGAAGAAGCGUGAGAUCCCAGACUUCCUGUGUGGAAAGAUCAGCUUUGAGUUGAUGAGAGAGCCGUGCAUCACACCCAGUGGAGUCACCUAUGACAGAAAGGACAUCGAAGAGCACCUACAGCGAGUCGGCCAUUUUGACCCGGUGACACGGACUCCUCUGACUCAAGAUCAGCUCAUCCCAAAUCUGGCCAUGAAGGAGGUUAUCGAUGCUUUUAUUAUGGAGAACGGAUGGGUGGAGGACUACUGAGCAAUGAAACAAAAGCAGGAAAGUGAUUUUUAAACAACAGCCAAAUCCCAGAAGCCUACAGGAGGUGUCUGAGUUUUUAAAAGCCGUGCUUGUUUCCAGGUAACCUAUCAUGUUGUCGGAGCGUGUCCCAGUCCUUAUUUUAGCCCACUUUAGUUGAAUUCCAAUCCCUACACUGCUCCCAUUUACAAAUCACCACAUCUAGAAGGGCUCUGAUGUAGUCCAAAAUGCACUCAUUUCUACAAACUCCCAGAAUUCAUUACAAGCUUGAUAACAAGAAAACCAUAUUUGUAUCAGGCUCUGGUUAACGUCAACAGAUGUCGGUGCAUUCAAGAAGUUUUCAGUCGUGUUUAAAAACAAACAACACUUUCGAACAAAGCAUGUGUAGACCUGAUGAUACAAAAACUGAACAUGUCUUUCUUUUUUACAUGUCAAAAUGUAAUUAGAAAUAUUUUUUGGUUAUUUAUAGGACAUUUUAAGAGUUGUUUAUGUCUUUCUGUUAAAUUUUUAAGAAAGAUUUGAAAUCUUUUCCUGAUUUUUAAAGCUCCUGUAAGGAUCUUUCUUUUUGUGUUGAUUUUUGCACCCCCUCAGGACAAAUCAGUACCUCUUAUAGGUUGUUUGCCAUCACGUGAUACCGAUUCACGCACAAAUGCCAGGUGGGGGCAGGAAGUGAAGAAGUGAAUGAAUGGGAACGGAGGAAAGUUAGCACAUUAAAGCUCUAAAAUGGACCUGUGCCCUGAAAUUAUCAUCAGAAAAUUUCUACAUACAUUGAGUAUGUACUCUGCAUGGGAUUUUUUCCCAUGGCUUAACCAUUUAAUGGAAACACUGAUAUACUAUUAACCAAAUAAACCUUAUAGGGUAAGCAACCAAGUAAUGGUGUGCCAUUCACAAACGAGUCUGUUCUAUGAAUCAGCUCUUUAAAGAGACACAAAGUAGCUAGCUCCUGUUUGAGUGCCAGUUUCCUUUCCUACAUUUUUGUAGUUAUUUAAAACAAAUUUAGGAAGUCAAAGUAGAACUAGAUGAAGAGCCAUUUGGGAGCCAAACAACCGGCUCUUAUUGAUAAACUGAGCCAAAUGAUCUGGAUUUCUAAAAAGUCACAACGAGCAAGACUGGACAGACAUCAGCCGAUAAAAAUACAGGCGAGACCCAGCGCGCUUUUUUUUCUUGAUGUGCUAAACUGCGGCAAACAGUAGCGAACCAAGCUGAACCAUUGUGUGGAGAUGAACCAUACACAAGUGGUGUGUGUCUCAGCUUGUCCAGGCAUAAGGUGGAGGCUUUUAAUCUAUGCCUGCCACCUUUUCCUCUUUAGCUUUUUAAACUUUUUUUGCCUGAAUCACUAAUGUCAGGACUCAAAUGUACCCCAGUGUUUGUUUUUGUGCUAUUUAAAUGGUUGGCGCCAUCAUACACAGAACAAAACUUGCUAACCCUUCUCUUAUCACAUAUCACUUCCUGCCCCCCAUUGCGAGUUUUCUAACCAAAAAUCUCAUCUUGCUGUCUAUAAGUCAAACAUGUUGGCUAUCCUUGCUGUAUAAAAUGUAAAAUAGACCAAUUUGGCAAUGAAUAGUUAAUCAGUGUGUCUGACACCUACCCUGCUGAAUCUGAUUUAGGUAUUAAACUAUACUUUUUAGAGUGAACUUACCAUGUCAAUGAUCUUCCCAUUUACUGUUGUAGUUCUUGAAUGAGGCUUUUCAACUAUGAUAUUUGGCCACUCCAAUUCAAACCAAGCCGUUGCUGAUUUCCAUCACCAGUUUGGCCAUGCCAGGCCAUGCCCAGAAUGGUCCUGCAUUGGAUAAAGAAAGAAAUCAGGGAGAGGACUCAUGUAGGAAUGAAACCCAGGACGCUCCCUUGAAAAACCAGCCUCUAUCCAUACAAUCAGGUGUGACCUAAUCAUUAGACUAAGCCAUCUGCACCCCAUGUCCCAUUCAUUUUAUAAUCAAACCUUAUCAGAUGCUCACACUUGUGCAUUGCAUGCCUGACACCACUGAAGUCCAUCAGGGUUUGGUGUUUCACUUUAUAUUGGAUACUGGGAUUGCCCAGGUGUGUUCAGUCUCAUGUGCCUCAUUCAGUCUUUAGGGCUGUUGUUCUGUCGCCACUUUAAAUCUGCAGCAAAUCAGCUAGGAUUCAUCAAACUGCUCUUCUUCUUUACAUCAUUUUUUAAAUCUUUAGUUUUAAUAUAAGAACCCUCAUUUAAAGUUGACUAUUAAUUUUCUUGCCACGAACUUGCCACAGUAAAGCCAGGUACAUGUCAACCAUCAGGUCUUUUCACUGCAGGCUUAAUAAUACAGGUGGUCUACCUGAUUAUAUCACUGAAAACAGCAAUCAAUGUCUUCAUAAUCAAAUGGACAAAAUCAGCAGCUGUUACCUGAUGAUUUAAAGCUGAUUGGUUUCAACUCACUUUUUUGUGUCAUUUUGUUCAUCGCAGCUUUCAGACUGAAGAAACUGCCGAUGAAUAACAGUUUAUGUUUCAAAUCUGCGCUGCUGGAGCUGAUCGUCAUUUCAGGGUUAAAUGCCAAAAGGUGCUGUGUUUGCAGGCAAACUAAGAGAUGGUGAACUGUAGCGCUGCAGCCAAGAGGGAGGAGGGUGGGAAAGGUUGAAAACAAGUCUGAUCUUACCUUGUCAGAUAUCUUUGUUGUGUAAUAAAUGAGCUUAUCAUGCUUCUUUGUGCUGAAACUGUAUUCAGGCUUCUGAAUUAUUUUACUGGCUUUGCUCAGUAGUUUUCCUUUUUGUUACUUUGCACACUUGUGUAAAUUACCAGCAGGUUUGGAUAAAACUUUUGACAUCAGUUUCAAACAGCAGCUGUAUUUCUUCUUUGUUUGAGCUGUGUUUGUCUUGUAGAUGUAUUUGUUUCAGUGUCAUUUUAAAAGAACAAUCCACCUUGACUCAAUCAACCCAAUUCCUGGUUGUCUGCAUGUUUUAAAAACUCUGUAAUGGCAAUUGUAAGGGAACAAAUACACAACUGUUCAUCAUUUCUUUGCUUAUUUUUUAUUAUUAGUCUUCUGUGAAACAGGAAAAAUCUGAAUUGUGAAUCAGCUGCAGCUUCAAAAGCAUAAGAAAAAUGUUUGAACUGUAAUAAAUGUUCCUUAUUUUC